AUGCUUCUAUAUGUGAUCUUUGCUCUGACACUGUGGACCACGACAGCAUUUCCUGUCAAUCAAGAUCCUGCCAGUCAAGAAGGAGUUUGGAGUAUCCAGGAUGCAAACCUGGCCAUUGAUAAAAAAGAUCCCAGCAAACAAUUUGAUGGAAUGUGGAAGAGCCAUGUGGUGAGCAGUGACCUUUACUCUCCGGACUCCCUGAACCCUAUGGCAGCUGAGUUCAGGCAUAAACUGAGCCAGGAGUCAGACCGUCUACGAGCUCGCUUGAGACAAGAACUUCUGAAUCUCCGUCAGAGGCUCUCUCCUUACCCCAGCCACCCCAAGGUCACCCCAACUAAUGUCCAUGAACUCCUGUCUCCCUUUACCAAGGACCUCCAAAUGGCUCUUGAAUCCAACACUCAUCAACUCUGCGGUCAUCUCAUGAUGACCGUCCAAGGGGUUCAAUCUGAUGGACCUUCAGUCCACCAAGAGGCAAUAGAGAAGAUCAGUCAAGCUAUGGAUGACAGUCAUAAGAGAAGAACCACUGCCUUUGAGGACUUUAAAACAAAAGCAUUUGAGGCAAUUGAGAAGGACAAAGACAACAGUAGGAAGGAUCUUUGGGAGGAGAUGACGGCCAGACUGGGCCAACGGAUCUGCUCAUUCAGUUUGGAGCUACAGGGCAAGAUUGCAGCACUGAAAGUCUCAUUAACAACACUCCUCACUUCAUCAGAACCCUUAGGACCUGAAAUAGUUUCCAAAGUGGACCAGUUCUGUGAUGGUUCCUCAAGGCAGAAUCAGAAAUUUAUUGCUGAUUUAUUGCAGCAAAUAUCCCUGCUUGAGGAAAAGCAGAGUAAAGGUGAGCCAUCAAGUCAUGUAAACAUAGACUCCAUACAAGAGGAUUUCUCCAUGAGACUAAAUGCAUUACUCCAGGACAUCGUACACACUAUCAACUAG